GCCCCACAGGGCCCUCCAACGGCCGGGCCCAGCCCCUCAAGCAGCACAAGCGGCCAGGCUCCGCCCUACCGAACGCUCCAACCGCCCGGCCCCGCCUCCCAGGACCGGCUAACGACCUGGCCCCGCCCUCGAGGCGCCCAAGCGGCCAAAGCUCCGCCCCGCCGAGCCCUCCAACCGCCCAGGUCCCUCCUCAUAGGACACGGCAACGGUUAGGCCCCGCCUCCCGAGGCACGCUUAGGACCAGGCCACGCCCCACACCGGCCAGUCCCGCCCCUCGAGACGAGCCAACUGUCCUCCCCCGCCCCUCGUGCGCCGAGACGUGAGGACGCCGGCGUCGUAGGCUGAGGUGGCAGCGGUCCUGCAGACAUGGAGCUGCCGCAGAUGCCGGAGCUGGUGGGGCUGUCCCUGCUGGUGGGGCUGCUGGCCCUAGUGGCCACGGUGGCGGUGGCCCGGGGCUGGCUGCGGGCCGAGGAGGACAAAGCCAGCCAGCCCGUCCGCCAAGAAGCAAACGAAUCCAAGAAGUCAGGAUCCAAGAAGCAGAAACAUAACCAUCGGGUUCGUAAGGAGAAGCCUCAGCAACACAGCUUUACCCACCGCCUUCUGGCCGCAGCAUUGAAGAGCCAUAGUGGGAAUAUAUCUUGCAUGGACUUCAGUAGCAAUGGCAAGUACCUGGUCACCUGUGCAGAUGACCGCACUGUCCGAAUCUGGAGCACCAAAGAUUUCCUUCAGCGGGAGCACCGCAGCAUGAGAGCCAAUGUGGAGCUGGACCAUGCCACCUUGGUGCGCUUCAGCCCUGACUGCAGAGCCUUCAUUGUUUGGCUGGCCAAUGGGGACACCCUCCGUGUCUUUAAGAUGGCCAAGCGAGAAGAUGGGGGCUUUACCUUCACAGCCACCCCAGAGGACUUCCCUAAAAAGCACAAAGCGCCCAUCGUCAACAUCGGCAUUGCUGACACAGGGAAGUUCAUCAUGACAGCCUCUAGUGACACGACGAUCCUCAUCUGGAAUCUGAAACGUCAGGUGCUAGCCACGAUCAAUACCAACCAGAUGAACAACACUUACGCUGUUAUCUCCCCAUGUAGCAGGUUUGUGGGUUCCUGUGGCUUCACCCCAGAUGUGAAGGUCUGGGAGGUCUGCUUCGGGAAGAAAGGGGAAUUCCAGGAGGUGUUGCGAGCCUUUGAGCUGAAGGGCCACUCUGCCUCUGUCCACUCUUUCGCUUUCUCCAAUGACUCUCGGAGGAUGGCCUCUGUCUCCAAGGAUGGCACAUGGAAGCUGUGGGACACAGAUGUGGAAUACAAGAAGCAGCAGGACCCCUACUUGCUAAGGACAGGCCGCUUUGAAGAGGCAAGCACCAUGCCUUGCCGCCUGGCGCUCUCCCCUGACACCCAUGUCCUGGCCUUGGCCACUGGCACCAGUAUUCAUCUCUUCAACACGAGGCGUGGGGAGAAGGAGGAGUGCUUCGAGUCUGUCCACGGGGAGUGCAUUACUGACUUGACUUUUGACAUCACUGGUCGCUUCUUGGCCUCCUGUGGGGACCGUGCUGUGCGGCUUUUCCACAAUACCCCAGGCCACCGGGCUGUGGUGGAGGAGAUGCAGGGCCUCCUGAAGCGGGCCUCCAGUGAGAGCACCCGCCAGAGGCUGCAGCAACAGCUGGUCCAGGCCCAGGAGGUCCUGAAGAGCCUGGGGGCCCUGAAGAAGUGACUGGCCCUGGAUGGCUCUGCCUGCCCCAGUGGUUGCCACUCUUUCCCAGGUGCCCCUGGGGUAGAGACCUGGAGGAACCUCCCAAUUCCCUUCCUGGUGGCCCCUGCUUUUUCCCAUUGAAACUAUUCUUGCAUACUUAGAUCUCUCUCUCUCUCUCUUCUUGUUUGACUCCUCCCAGACUGAAAGGUGCUGUUUUCUCACAGGCCCAAGGGUGGAUUCUGUCUUCACCCAGCACUAAGAAGAGGGGUAGAGAGAAGAGAGACAGAGAGAGCAAAGUCUUUGACUGUGUGGCAAAAGACCCUGACACCCAAAGAAGUUUGUGAGUGUCAGGUCAAACCUGAGGGACACCAGAGAACAAGGUGGCUGUUGUAUAAGGGUGCAGAAUGUGUUUUAUAAUGCUGCAAGGUGAGUCUCCACCUGGACCAGGCUCCUGUUACCAGCAGGAAAUAAUUAAGGACUGGUCUUUGUUGGCACUAGUCUAUAAUCGCAGCACUCUACAGGCAAAGGCGGGAGGAUCAGGGGUUCAAGUCCAGCUUGGACUACUUAGUGAAUUCCAGGACCUCCUGGGCUCCAUAUGGAGAGAGACCUUGACUAGAGAUUUUUUUGCUCUGGAUUUCUUCAGUUUUCUUAUUUGUAAAAUGGGGAACGAUGCUCUCUGUGGCCUUCUUGAAAAGAUGUUGUGAAGCUAAGAGCAUUCUAAAGUUCCCAUGCAUGGAGCACAACAGUGCUGUCCAGUGUCAUUAACUCUCAGAUAAACUUUGGUCUGCAACCAGAUAAGAAAGAAUCACAACCCUCAGGAAGGCUGAGGCUCCUGGGGCUUGGCUUGCUCAUUAUCUUGGUUGAAUGUGGUGGUUUGGUUCCCGUGCCUUGAGAAGUAAUGCUAUCUUAACAUGGCACUCCUCUCUGUGGGAGACCUCGUGGACUUAACACAUCAGUGCCUGUUACAUGGGACUAGCUAGUGAUGCUAGCUAACACAUACAAACAAGACUGGAUCUGCUGCCAAAGAUCCACGUGGUGGGAAGGACCUGGAGGCUGGUGUCUGUGAAGUGCUUUUGGUUCAUUCACAGCUGCAGAGGCUGGUGUUGACAUGGGGAGGAAGUGGCAUACACCCAGAGAGAGAUUUGGCUCUCAGACAUGUAAACUGUAAGACUGCUUGGAUCCAAGGGAUAAGGAAGGUGUCAGGUCAGGAAUCUAGGAGGGCUUGAAUCUAGCAUAAAGUACCCAUCUCAGUUAGUUUUGAUCUCUCGCUUAAAAGGAGGGCCUCUUGCAGCCGUCCUCAACGCAUCAGAAUGUUCGAAUAAGGCAUGACCCUGAAGUUGACCUUGAUGGCUCCCUUGUCGGCACCCUCUCCUUCCAUCACCACUGCUGCAUCCAGACGGCCUGCAGCAGCUGCUGUCUCCGUCUCUUCUGUUACCAUCCUCGUCUUCUACCUCCUGUAUGUCAGGGUUUUGUUUCCAGCCACAGUAUUUCACGUCACUUUCCUACAUAGUUUAGCCAGCUUUUGAAAAACAUAAAACAGAUCAGACCAUGCCAUUCCCAGUUAAAAACCCUUCAAAGGCUUCCCUCUAUUCCUGGACUAAAACCCUGAGCUCGCUCUGGCCUGCAUAGUGUACUGAA